AUGGAAAACAUUGACUUCGUGGUUAUUGGUGCCGGUUGGGCCGGUCUUGCGGCCGCAAAGGCUCGUCACCAGCUUCACCCAGAGGAGUCAGUGGCUAUCCUGGACUCCUCAGCCACCGCGGGAGGCACCUGGGCGGCGCACCGACUAUACCCGGGGCUCAAGAGUAACAACAUGCUCGGAACUUAUGAGUACCCAGACUUCCCUAUGGACCCGGAGGUCUUUGGCGUGCAGCCGGGCCAGCAUAUUCCAGGAGCGGUGGUGCACGAGUACCUGAACAAGUACGCCGAGAAGUUCGACAUCCAUGACAAGAUCCGCUUCGAGCACAAGGUCGAGUCGGCCGAGCACCAGGAGCUCGGGGGCUGGAUCAUCACGGCCCGUGACGUCAAAGCCGACAAGGAGGUCAAGAUCGCGGCCAAGAGGCUUGUUGUGGCGACGGGUCUUACGUCUGAGGCUUUCCUGCCCACCUUCGAGGGCCAGGAGCAGUUCGGCGCCCCCCUAUUCCACGGCAAGGACUUUCUCGACUACGCGGAAACUCUUGAGACGGCCAAGUCCGUGACCGUCUUUGGAGGUACCAAGACGGCGUGGGAUCUUGUCUACCAGUAUGCCAUCAAGGGCAUCGAGGUGAACUGGGUCAUCCGAGAAACCGGCCAUGGCCCCGUCUGGAUGGCUCCCCCCUACGUCACGCCGCUCAAGAAGUGGCUCGAGAAGCUGGUGCACACCCGCAUGCUCACCUGGUUCAGCCCAUGCAGCUGGGGUGACGCCGAUGGCUACGUGACGACGCGCAGCUGGUAUCACGGUAGCGCCAUCGGCCGCGCCCUCGUCAACCAGUUCUGGAAUAUCCUGGGCAGCGAUGUCGUCGCGCUCAACCAGUUCGAUGCCCACCCGGAGACGGCCAAGCUCAAGCCGUGGAGCCAGGCCUUCGGCAUAGCGUCCGGCCUGUCCAUCCUCAACUACGAGACCGACUUCUUCGAGCUGGUCAAGAACGGCACCGUCAAGGUGCACAUCGCCGACAUCAACGGCCUCUCGGAGCGCAAGGUGCACCUCUCGGACGGCACCACGCUGGAGACAGACCUGCUGUGCUGCUCGACCGGUUGGAAGCAUGUGCCUCCCAUCAAGUUCCUGCCCGAGGGCAUCGCCAAGGAGCUAGGCAUCCCUCACACCCCAUCCGCCACGUCGUUCCCGCCGCAGGAGUUGGUGGACAAGAUCGACAAGGAGAUCCUGCAUCGGUUCCCCCGACUCAAAGACCAUCCGGUACAGAACGCAAAGUACGAGCCGCUGCUAGACAACAAGGGCGUGUCGAGCAAGGACGCCAUCACCCCAUCAACGCCGCUGACGCCUUACACACUGUACCACUUCAUGGCGCCGCCCUCGACCAAGUUCCUGGCGACGCGGGACGUGGCAUUUGCGGGCAUCCUGAUGAACAUCACCGUGUCGACAAUUGCACACGCGCAGUCCCUCUGGAUCAACGCCUACUUCGACGGCAAGAUCGCAAACCUGCCGAGCGGCACGCCCUCCCCCGAGGAGGUGGCCGCGUUCCAGCACGAGGCGGUCCUCCACAGCCGGUUCUGCAAGUGGCGAUAUCCCGCCGGCUACGGCCACAAGUACCCGGACUUCAUCUUCGACGCGGUGCCGUACCUGGACCUGCUGCUGACGGACAUGGGGCUCAACAAGUAUCGCAAGGGCGGCGGCAUGGCGGCCGAGGCCACGGACCCGUACGGGCCGGAAGACUACCGGGGCUUGGUGGAUGAGUGGAAAGAGAAGCAUGUGGAGGCGUGA